CGCGCCAUUUUACCCGAGCCCUUUCCCUGUGCGUUCGUGUGGCGUCGGCUUUGUCAGGAGCUGCUCUGGUUCGGCGCGCUUAGCUUUUCCCUCCAAACAGGCGACGUUACGGCAGAGUGUGGAGAAACCGCAGCUUUCCAGGCCGUGCAGUAUAACGUGCGCGAUUGUCUAAAACAGAAUCUAGAGGAGGGGGAGGACUAGCCGAAUAAUCAGAGCAGCGAUGAUCACCAGAAAAAGAGGAAGAGUCUCCAGUAACAACACUGAUGCCAUGUAUUCGAGUCAUGAGGAGCGUGACAGUGCCUUGAAAAUUGCUUCUGAAAGUGUCAUGUGUGAACAAACCUCACCAGAAAGUGAUACAAAUGACUGGGGACUAGAUGACCUGUUAGGCUCUGAUUUCAGCUGGGCUUUAGACGAUGACGCACUUACUUCGCUGUCAGAUAUCGGAACACAAGAUCCAGUUUUAACUGCAGAAGAGAGGAUGGAUCAGGCUUUGAAUGUGUCCAUUUCCGAUAACAGAGGAUCAACACAGAGGCAGAAACUGCAAGUUCUCUCCGGCCGCAUCAACAAGAAUGCCUUGGCGGCGAGAAUGAACCGGCUGAAGAAGAAAGAGUAUUUGAAUGGUUUGGAGCAGCGUGUUGGAUUGUUGACAUCUGAAAAUCGGCUUCUCAAGCAGGAAAACAGCAGCCUGAACAAAAGAGUGGAAGAACUGGAGAAUGAGACUAGGUACCUGAGAGCUGUGUUGGCCAAUGAGAGCAUGUUGGCUCAGCUGUUGUCCAGAUUAAGCGGUGUGAACGGCAUGAAAUUUUCUACCUCACUUUUCCAGGAGUCCAGUGAGAAUGACCACGAUUAUGCCAUGAAGAGAGUGAAGGUGGAGGACAAAGGUGCAGCAGGCGGUGUCUGUCUGCAUGUGGACAAAGACCACGUCUCUGUGGAAUUCUGCACUAAAUGUGCAGAGAGUGCAAGCUCUUCGCUUAAAAUGUAGGGUCAAGUAUCUUACCUUUUCAGCGUUUCCUGAGACUGAACUAAAUACAUGAUGUAAUGAACAUCGAGGGGACAUCACAACAAUAGUUGUCAGAUGUCAAGAAUUAACUGUUUUAAGGACUUGAAUGGCUUGUAUAUAAAAUGUGCUUUGAUUACAAGUUACUGCUAAACUUUCUGGUAGUUUUCUUCUAGGUGCUUGGUCUGCCCUGCAGGAUGAGUGGGUUUCAGAACAUCCAAGACUACCUGAAUCCAUGUGGAUUUGCUGUGGGGAAAGCUGAAGAAUCGGGACCAGCAGCUUGCAUCAUGGCCUUCUAAAUUUAAAAAGGUAGUACAAAGGAGUGUAAGUUAAAGCUUUUACUGGUACUCCCAUCACACUGCAGUUAAAUAUGUACAUCUGCACCAUUGUUUAUAGAUGAGUGUUAGAACUAUGUACAUAUCAGACAUUACAGUGAACAGAUUUUAUAUUUACACAAAAAGCACUUCAGCUUUAUCUUCACAAGACAAGGAAAAGGAUUUGUUUGGAAAUAAGAUUGUCAUUUGUAUUUUGUUAAGCGAUGCAUUGUGUAUUGAGAUGUAUUCGAAACCCAAAGAAUGUUUAGUAACUUGGAUAUCAGUAUCUGGAAAUAAAUCAUAUUUUUAUCAUCCACUCCUUUGGGCAAUGUACAUUGCUUUAUCAUAUUAACCAUUCUCCUCUUCUCUUUUUAAACAGCAGUUUCUUCAUUCUCUGCAAUGGUCUUAUCCUUCUUCUUUUCUAAGUGGAUAAAGAGUGGUAAAAGUCCUUCUUUCAACUUGAGUGAAUACAGACCCUCAAACCCAACAUAUAACUGCCCUGGGUGGGUUAGAGCAGGGGAACCUUGCCCAUAAAUGGCUGGUGAUGUUCCAGGCAUCUUCAGACAAUAUGAAGCACAUGGCCAGCACAGAACACACAGACAAAUCAGUUUGGCAGGAGCACAAGCUCAGGCCCAUUUUUGCACUUCUGAUGAUUUCUCCUUAUUCCCACCAGAUUAGUAUAGGCAGCUUUAAAAACAGAAAUUUUAAGAUGUAUUGAGAUCACGGCUAGAAACGGGACUGAAAUGAGAUGCUAUUGUGUUGCAUAUUAAAGGUGGUUUCAGAUUUAUAGUCAUGGGUUAAUGGACUAGCCACCCCUCAACGAGAUUUUUACAUUUAUUUAUAAACGUCUUUUGGGCCCUCUGUUGGACCUUGAGAUAAGUGCAAUCUAAAAUAGUUGCUUUUAAAGCAACAAGCCUAUUACAGCUCUAUUGGUCUACAGUUUUAAAAAAAACUUAAUGUUUAAUAGGUAAAAAGUCUGGGUUAUACCAUCAACUCAGAUUGAACAAAUCACAAACUGAUUCUUUUUUUUAUGCUAAAUUCUAAUGAUUACCUGAGGUUUUAUUUUUUGACAGUCAAAGAUUGUGAGAAAAUAUUUACAUAAGUUGCAGUAGUUGACUUUUGCUGUAUUUGCUGCUAUUCAGCAAGCAUGCUAUGGUACUCAUUCCAUUCUUCAAGUACAAGGUUGUGAAUAGUUUAAAACCAAGUACUCAGUAGAUGCAUCAACAGUUGUAGUAAUAGUAACUACUGCAGAACAAAUGAAUAGAUAAAAUUAAAGCAGACAAACUACAUAAAUGCUUCUUCAGUGGGGAAAAUGGUAUGGUCACGGUGUCCCUCGUAUGGUGGCACUGUCAGUUUGCAGCAACAUAUUUGAAACUUCAGGUUCCUGUUUUCACAAUUUUGGGAUAUAAUUUUUUUUCACUUUGAUCAUGUCUAAUGUUGGGGUACCACCUACACAUUGAAGGAAAAAGUGCAGCUCUGUCUAGACCUCAUCGCUUGCCAGUGAUGUUAGGGAGGAGAUCCAGUGGAGACCCAAGGAAAAUAUAGAUCAUUUUUGUCAUGAAGGUCAUGCUGAUUGUAGUUUGCUGCUUUAAUUUUGCUAAAAGUACUAUUUGUAAAUUAAAGAAAGGUCCUACUCGUGAA